AUGGCGAUCAAAGAGGAGACGGAGGAGAGUUGUGGAAGCAGAGUCGUCGUGGCUUCUAUAUCUAAAGAAAACCCUAGGCAACAUCGUAUGAAACUCGAGGUGUAUAGCGAAGUUCUAAAACGAAUCCAGGAAUCGAAUUACGAAGAAGCUAAUCUCCCUGAUUUCGAUGAUCAGCUUUGGCUCCAUUUCAAUCGUCUUCCUGCUCGAUAUGCUUUGGAUGUAAAUGUUGAGAGAGCAGAAGAUGUUCUUAGUCAUCAAAGAUUACUGAAAUUAGCUGAAGAUCCUGCAACUAGACCUGUAUUUGAAGUUCGUUGUGUACAGGUUUCUCCCACUUUUAAUGGAAAUUCUGUUGAUACUGAUCCUUCAGAUCCUGCGAUGAACGAAGAUGCUCAAAGCUCAUACCACUCGAGCAGGGUUCUUGCACCUCCAACUUUUGGCUCUUCUCCCAAUUUUGAGGCUCUUACACAAGCCUAUAUAGAUCAUGCUGAAGAUGAUGACAGUGCUGUCAAUGCGUUGCCUAGUUCUCGACCGAUGCAUGAAAUCACCUUUUCAGACAUUGAUAAGCCAAAACUCCUUAGCCAGCUAACUUCCAUGCUUGGUGAACUUGGUUUAAAUAUUAAAGAGGCUCAUGCUUUCUCUACUGUGGAUGGUUUCUCUCUGGAUGUUUUCGUUGUUGAUGGUUGGUCGCAGGAGGAAACAGAGGGUUUAAAAGAUGCACUGAGGAAGGAGAUAAGGAAGCUCAAGGAUCAACCUGGUUCAAAACAGAAAUCUAUCACUUUCUUUGAGCAUGACAAAUCAACCAACGAGCUGGUACCUGCCUGUGUAGAAAUUCCUACUGAUGGAACUGAUGAAUGGGAAAUUGACAUGAAACAGCUCAAAAUUGAAAAGAAAGUGGCAUGUGGAUCGUACGGAGAACUGUAUAGAGGAACGUAUUGCAGUCAGGAAGUCGCUAUCAAAAUUCUCAAGCCUGAGCGUGUAAAUUCUGAAAUGCUCCGAGAAUUUUCCCAGGAAGUGUAUAUAAUGAGGAAAGUACGACAUAAAAAUGUUGUUCAAUUUAUCGGAGCGUGCACACGAUCUCCAAACCUGUGCAUUGUGACCGAGUUCAUGGCUCGGGGAAGCAUUUAUGAUUUUCUUCACAAACAGAAAGGGGUUUUUAAACUUCAAUCUUUGCUCAAAGUGGCACUUGACGUCUCGAAAGGAAUGAACUAUCUGCAUCAAAACAAUAUUAUCCACAGAGACCUAAAGACUGCUAAUCUUCUUAUGGACGAACAUGAAGUUGUCAAGGUUGCUGAUUUUGGGGUUGCCAGAGUGCAGACUCAGUCAGGGGUCAUGACAGCGGAAACAGGGACUUACCGGUGGAUGGCUCCAGAGGUCAUUGAGCACAAACCAUAUGAUCACAGAGCAGAUGUCUUCAGUUACGCGAUUGUACUGUGGGAGCUUUUGACUGGGGAACUCCCAUAUUCUUACUUGACUCCACUACAAGCUGCUGUUGGCGUUGUUCAAAAGGGACUUCGACCGCAAAUUCCGAAGCAAACACACCCAAAACUGACUGAGCUUCUCGAGAAAUGCUGGCACCAAAACCCUGCUCAAAGACCCAAUUUUGCAGAAAUCAUAGAAAUGCUUACCCAACUAAUCCUCGAGGUUGGAGGAGAGGAGCGCCACAACGAUAAACAUGGCGGGUACUUUCCAGGCCUACGAAAAGGCCAUCAUUGA